AUGUCGUCCGCGGCCAUGUCCAAGAAAAAGCAGGGGAAGAAGGUUGCAGAUCCGAAUGAGACCUCGAAGCUGCUGGCCGCCAAAAUCUCGCAGCUGGAGCAAGAUGCUGCCGGAGAGAAGGACCAAGAGGCCGAGAUUGAGCGCGAGGUCAAGAAAGCCACGAGAGAUCUCAAUCAACUCCUCAACAAUAUCGAAUCCCCGAUGACGCGGCUCGAGACUGUGCACAAGAAAUAUACCGAACUUCUGGCCGACAUGAAGAAGCUGGAUCGCGAUUAUGCCAAGAGCAAGAAGCGGGCAGAUCAGCUCCAGAAGGACCAAGACAAGGGCAAAUCGGAACUGAAUAAGACCGUCACUAUGAAGGACAAACUCGAGAAGCUGUGCAGGGAGCUCACAAAAGAAAAUAAAAAAGUGAAGGACGAAAACAAGAAGCUCGAAGAAACUGAGAAGAAAGCACGGCUGAUCGUCAACGAACGCCUCGACUCGCUUUUGUACGAUAUUCAAGACGUCAUGGCUGCCAAAGGAAAUCCCCGCAACGAGAAAGUGGAUAUCGAUUUGGACGAAGCUCUGCGUGCGAAGAUCAAAACGAUCGGCGAGAAGUUCGAAAUGCGUGAACUACACUACAAGGCAUUGCUCCGUAGUAAGGACGCGGAGAUACAAUGUCUUACCGCCAAGUACGAAGAACAACGGCGAGCAGCGGAGAACGAAGCUGCCCGCUGCCGGGCAUUGAGUUCUCAGGUGUCAACUUUCUCGCAUACCGAGGCGGAGUUGCGCAGCCAGCUCAACAUCUAUGUCGAAAAGUUCAAACAGGUGGAGGAUACGCUGAACAACAGCAACGAGCUCUUCCUUACGUUUCGCAAAGAGAUGGAAGAAAUGUCCAAGAAAACUAAACGCCUAGAAAAGGAAAACCUCACUCUCACUCGCAAGCACGACCAGACGAAUCGCAAUAUACUGGAGAUGGCCGAGGAGCGCACAAGAAACCAUGAGGAGCUGGAAAAAUGGCGGAAGAAAAGCCACCAUCUCGAAGCGCUCUGCCGACGAAUGCAAGCCCAGGGGCGGGGGCAAGGUCUUGCGGCGGAUUUGGAAGGCGAUGACGAGGGUACGGAGAGCGAGUACGACGAGGAUUACGAAGACGAAGAAGACGAUGAGGGAAUUAGCGAUGACGAUUACGAACUGGAAAGCCGGGACGGCGACCUGAACGGAGACCGCAACGUUGCUCAGCAGCCCGAGAAGCCUGUGUUCGGACCCCCUCCGCCACCUAAUCUGCUGGAAGCGCGAGCCAACGGAAAUAAGGCGAUGAUCAACGGAUGUCACUAA